UUGUUUGAAGUUGAGACGGAUAAGAAGAAAGUUGAAGAUCAAAAAUUGAAUGGAAAUGAAAUGACAAAAAGUCAAAAUGGUGAUGAAGAUCGAAAAUUGGGAAAAGAGGAAGUUAGUGUUGGAAUGAUCCUUCGUAGAAAUUUCGCCGAAAUUCGAAGAAUUGAAAUGGAGAAGAAGAUGAUCGAGUUGGAAGAAGCCAAAACUGGAAAGGGACAAAGAAAGAUGAAGAAGAAUUGCAAUAUGGUGUAUGUCAAAAGUGUAGAUUAUGAGGGUUGUAUAUCGCCAAAGUAUAUUGAGCAUAUUCAAAUGCUGAAGCGAAACAAGUUGGGCAUAUAUGCUUCUUCCAAACAACAUCCAAUCGAUCAAGGUUUUUAA